GCGCUAUUUUGUUGCCGUAGCGCUCAUUACUCCCACGACACGCAGUAAAAACAGUAAAAACACAGUAAACAGGGGGCGCGGACACGUAAAUACUAUCGGAUCGCUCAUCUGAGGUUGCAUUUGGUUCCCGGAAAAGUUAAUAUUUAAAGAGUCGUCCGUCCUGCGACGGACUUGUCUUGUUGUGGAAAUAUGUCGGAACCAAGUAGCAAACGGCCGAGAAGCAGCGUACCGGUUUGCAGGAGCCACGGGGCGCCGUUGGGGAGCGCGGUGAGGCAGAACCUCCCGGUCGAGGUGGAGGAGGGUCUGUGCGGGGUGACCGGAGCCCUGCUGGAGCUCACGUACUGCCUGCAGGCGCUGGCCACGAUAUUUGAGCAGGACGACGUCGGCCUGCCGAGGGUGGCGGCUUUUUUCCGCCGGGAGUCGGAGGAGCAGCAGGAGCAGGCCGAGGCCAUGCUGGCCUACCUGAGCGAUCGUGGGGGGCAUUACUGCAAUAAGGAUGUUCAGAAGCCCGGGUGCGAGGGCAUCUGUGCCAUCGUGCCAGCCCUGGAGAUGAUGCUCGGCCGCUGGAAGGAGCUGCUGGCCAUCAUGACGGAGCUCAGCCAGCUGGCCAAAGAGCACGGCGACCCGCACACGGCCAGCGUCGUCAAGGGAUGCUUCCUGACCCGCCUCGUCGCCAAGGUCAAAGCGCUAGGUGACAUCCUGAGCAGCGCCCGUCGGGUGGGCUGCACCAGCGAGGGGUCAGGGGGCUGCGGCGAGUAUCUCAUUGAGCAGCUACAGGCGGAACUCUCCGGCAUCUGAGACCACCGGCCAACGCGUCAUCGUGGGACUGCGGCACUCCUCUCGCACCUGUACUCAGAGUAAACGUAUAAUUUACAAGUUCCCUUCACAUUGACUCAUGUCGCAGAUUCUUUUCUCCAGAGUGACAUGUGGGGGAAGCGAGUGGUACAGUAGUCGGAGCUGUUGCUCCUCAAUCAAGGAACCCAGGUUCAACCUCCCCAAUACCGCCCUUUAUCAAGUAC